CUGAUGGAUUUUACCCGGAUACCGAGGAUCAUCUUACACCGGAUAGAUCUCCGACAUUGUUCUGUGUGUGAAGAUGACGGGAUUUUCAAUGACCUCAGCAACCAGGAGGGGAACUUCACUUUAAAACAAGAGGAACCAGAACCUCUGCAGAUAAAACAGGAGCAAGAAGAACCACAACAUCAAGAGUACAAAGAGGAAGAGAAGCAACUCUGCAUCAGUCAGGAUGAAGAGCAUCUUGUGCUGAAACAGGAGACUGAUUACAUUUUGGUGAUUCCUUUUAAUGUGCAAAUAAUCCACAAUGAAACAGAACCACAGAGGAACCAACUCAUCUCUCAUGACUCUGCUGAGGAUGAAAACCGGGAUCAGGAAGGAAGCGAUUCUGAAGAGCCAGGAAAAAUAAGAGAUGAGAAGCAGAAACGAAAUGAAAUAUGUCAGAAAACCAAACAGCUGAAAAGCACAGCUGAGAGUUCAAAACAAAAAAUACACAAGAAGGCUCAUCCACACCAAAAAUUAUAUCAUUGUAAAAUUUGUGAUGAAUCCUUUAAUCAAGUAAAUGUAUUGACAACACACAUGAGCACUCACAUGGGCAAAAAGCCCUUCACAUGUUCAAUCUGUGGAAAAUGUUAUGGCCACAAGGCUGGUAUAAUUUAUCAUAUGAAAGUUCACUCAGGUGAGAAGCCUUUCUCUUGUGGCACUUGUGGAAAAAGUUUCAUAAUCAAAUGUAAUUUAGUUAGUCACAUGACAAUUCACACAGAUGAGAGACCUUUCUCAUGUGAGACCUGUGGAAAAGGCUUUCGAUCCAAAUCUCAGUUACUUUUUCACAUGAAGAUUCACACAGGCGAGAAGCCUUUCUCAUGUGAGACUUGUGGAAAAGGCUUUCGAGCCAAAUCUCAGUUACUUCUUCACAUGAAGAUUCACACAGAUGAGAAGCCUUUCUCAUGUGAGACCUGUGGGAAAGGCUUUCGAUCCAAAUCUCAGUUAGUUGUUCACAUGAGGAGUCACACAGGUGAGAAGCCUUUUUCAUGUACAAGCUGUGAAAAAACGUUUACCAGUAAAGAAAAUUUAACUGAUCACAUGAGGAUUCACACAGGUCAGAAGCCUUUCUCAUGUGGGACUUGUGGAAAACGUUUCUAUCGACAAUGCAGUCUAACUUGUCACAUGAGAAUUCAUACAGGUGAGAUGCCUUUCAAAUGUACAAGCUGUGGAAAAAGCUUCAGAAACAGAAGUGGUUUAUAUCCUCACAUGAUGACGCAUGCUAAUGAGAAGCCUUAUUCUUGUGGGACCUGUGGAAAAAGGUUCCGUCAAAAAGGCACUUUAACUAGUCACAUGAGGACACAUACAGAUGAAAGGCCUUUCUCAUGUGGGACCUGUGGAAAACGUUACAAAAACAGAAACAGUUUAAUUGGCCACAUACAGACACAUACUAGUGAGAAGCUUUUCUCUUGUGGGACCUGUGGAAAAAGGUUCCGUCAAAAAGGCACUUUAACUAGUCACAUGAGGACACAUACAGAUGAAAAGCCUUUCUCAUGUGAGACCUGUGGAAAACGUUACAAAAACAGAAACAGUUUAAUUGGCCACAUACAGACACAUACAAGUGAGAAGCCAUUCUCUUGUGGGACCUGUGGAAAAGGUUUCCAUAAAAAAGGUCAUUUAAAUGAUCAUAUGAGGACUCAUACAGAUGAAAGGCCUUUCUCUUGUGGGACUUGUGGAAAAAGUUACAAAAACAGAAACAGUUUAAUUGGACACAUACAGACACAUACUAGUGAGAAGCUUUUCUCUUGUGGGACCUGUGGAAAAAGGUUCAGUCAAAAAAAGCAUAUAACUUCUCACAUGUGGACUCAUACAAGUGAGAAGCCAUUCUCUUGUGGGACCUGUGGAAAAGGUUUCCAUAAAAAAGGUCAUUUAAAUGAUCAUAUGAGGACUCAUACAGGUGAAAGGCCUUUCUCUUGUGGGACUUGUGGAAAAAGUUUCAACCAAAAAAGCAUUUUAACUUCUCACAUGAGGAUUCAUACAGAUGAGAAGGCAUUUUCUUGUGGGUUUUGUGGGAAACGUUUCCGUUGGCAAAGCAAUUUAACUGGUCACAUGAGAAUUCAUACAGAUGAGAAGCCUUUCUCAUGUGAGACUUGUGGUAAAAGUUUUCGCUGUCAAAUCAGUUUAACUCGUCACAUGAGAACUUAUGCAGCGGAGAAGCCUUUCUUUUGUGAAACCUGUGGAAAGGCUUUCCAUCUAAAUAGCAAAUUAACACUUCACUUGAGAACCCAUGUGGGUGGAACAGCAUCAUCUGACCCUCAGGUACCAAGACACUCAGUAACUUAGUGUUUGGAAGCAGAGUAAUUACAGCUGGGUAACAUUUCUAUAAUGUAGCAGCUUGGAGAAGAAUACCAGUUGAAAUAGGACGUUUAUCUAACAACCAAAACUUUCACUUUAUUCUGUCAGUUUCAUCUUUUCAUUUAAAAUGGUUUUUAUCUUGAAGUAACAAUGGAUGUGAAUGUUUUCAGAUUUAGACUUGUAAAGCUGUUAUUGUAUGGCUAUUCCUUAUGCUUUGUUUUAUUUCAUUAAUUUUGGUCAGAGGAUGCAUGUUAGCUGUAACUAUAUGAACUGUUGGCGUAGGUAUAUUUUUGGGCCUAAACAAUUCCUCGAGUGAUUUGAGUACCUCGAUUAUUAAAGUCCCUCGAGAAAAAUGUAUCUGCCUCUAAGGUUCAUUAAAUUGUAUUUUAUUAUGUAAUGCACGGUUUUCCGGCUGGGUUGUUAUUUGCAUUGCGCAGCACUCUCACUUCCGCCUGAGUUGUGGACGAACGCGAACCUUAGCAGAUUAAGGUCCAAUUUUCAAGUUCGGCCUGGGAGGAUUUUACUGAUUCAUGAUAAUGUCUGGGUUUUUGUGCAUCGGGGGACCAAUGAGCAUCCUUAAAAUGUCGGGAGCGUUCCCUGGAGUACGGCAGCUGUUCUCCGGGAGCUGCUUGUUCAGAGCGACCAGCACGGCGGGAUUAUUUAUACAUGUGAGCAGAUAGACUGA